AUGACACGAAGCUGUGACACCACUCUGCCGAUCACUCUCGACGAAAUGCUCGUUCAUUGUCGUGCCGUUGCUCGUAGCGCUAAACGGCCACUUCUGGUAGGGGACUUGCCGUUUGGGACCUAUGAAUCAAGCACCGGUCCGGCAGUCGACACAGCUGUUCGUCUGCAAGGGGGAAUGGAUGCAAUAAAAUUGGAAGGAGGGGCACCUUCAAGAAUUGCAGCAGCAAAAGCUAUUGUUGAAGCUGGAAUUGCUGUCAUAGGACAUGGGGGACUAACUCCACAGGCCAUUAGUGUUUUGGGGCGUUUUAAGCCUCAGGGAAAGAAUGUGUCUAGUGCUGUCAAGGUUGUAGAGGCUGCUCUGGCUUUCCAGGAAGCUGGAUGUUUCUCUAUUGUUCUAGAGUGUGUGCCGCCACCUGUGGCUGCACCAGCAACGGCAGCCCUUCAAAUACCCACAAUUGGAGUAGGGGCUGGUCCAUUUUGCAGUGGACAGGUGUUAGUUUAUCAUGAUUUGCUUGGUAUGCUGCAACAUCCCCAUCAUGCAAAGGUAUUUCUGGCAACUUUUAGCCCAAUCACUCCAAAAUUCUGCAAGCAGUAUGCUCAUGUUGGAGAGGUCAUCAAUAAAGCCCUAGUGGAGUACAAGGAAGAAGUGACAAAUGGCUCAUUUCCAGAUCUUGCCCACAGCCCAUACAAGAUCAAUGAAACUGAUGUUAAUGAUUUUCGACAUGAAUUGCAAAGAUUAGGUUUGGAUAAGGCAGCAUCGGCAGCAUGUGAAGCAGCUCAGAAGAAUUUGAUGGUUUCUUGUUCAUAUGAUAUGACAAUUUACAUUUGGGAUUUCAUGGUUGAUGAUGCACUUGUGAGUGGAUAUGAUCAUCAUAGUGCAUUUGCCGCUGGUGUUGAUAUGAGCAUGCUUCUUGAGGGGCUUAUGAGAGUUCUGGUGCUAUAA